ACUCGCAAAGGUUUCUACCUACUCAGUCCUAUCCUCCUUCACCUGAUAAGCCUACGAAAAAUCCACCUCCCCAAUCCUCUGCUAGGAUCAGAUACCUUCUCAUCAUGUCGGGCUACACACUCUCCAUCAUCGGUUGCGGUACAAUGGGCAUUGCGAUCCUCUCUGGCGUCCUAGACUCCUCGCGCUCCCGCUCCUCCUCAGCCACCCAGACCCCAGCCGCUUCCGCCUCAUCGUCCGCUGCUGACCUUCAAGCAGAUGAGCUCUCCCACCUCCCCUCGUCAUACAUUGCCUGUGUCUCCCGCCCAGAAUCGGCACGGAGACUGCGCUCCGUCUUCCCCAAGGCGGAGUUCCCCGAAGUGGCCAUGCUCGCAGGAGAGAAUGUAAAGGGCUGCAGAGAGGGAGAUGUGGUCCUAUUGGGUUGCAAGCCUCAGCUGGCGGAGGACAUCUUGGCUGAAGAAGGUGUGAGGGAGGCACUGGAGGGAAAGAUGCUCGUGAGCAUUUGUGCAGGAUUGAGGAUUGAGCAGUUGCAGAAGUGGGUUCAUCCUUCCACAAAGGUCGUGAGGGCUAUGCCCAACACCCCUGCCAAGAUCCGGGAAGGCAUGACUAUCCUCUCGCCCCUACCCGCUUCCGCCCCUCCUCUCGACUCGUCCAUCCUCCUCUCCCUCUUCUCCUCGGUCGGUCGCUGUCGCUUCCUCCCCGAGAAGCACUUUGACGCCUGUACCGCCCUCGCCGGCUCAGGUCCGGCUUUUGCCUGCGUCUUCCUCGAAGCCAUGGCAGACGGAGCAGUCAUGAUGGGUCUACCUAGAAAGGAAGCUCUAGAGUUGGCUGCACAGACGAUGCAGGGAGCGGCUAGGAUGGUCCUCACUUCUGGAAUGCACCCCGCUGCCAUCAAGGAUAGUGUGACUACUCCUGGUGGAUGUACAAUUGCUGGACUGCUCAACUUGGAGGACGGAAAGGUGCGAUCGACGGUUGCGAGGACGAUCCAGGCUGCUGCUGAGCAUGCUGCUGGGCUGGGACAGAACAAGAAGUGAGGCGAGGAUUCGGUCUACACAGUGAGGAUUUGGCUGUCACCGCGGGUCCGCAAGACUCCACAAUCAGUAGAGAUGGGCAUUUAUAUUGAGGACUGCAUCAGAAUUGAAUGAUGCCAUCACCGGA